AUGCAUCUCGUUCCGAAAGAGCUCGAUAAGCUCGUUAUUUCGCAGCUGGGAUUGCUUGCGCAGAGGAGGCUGGCGAGGGGGGUGAAGUUGAAUCAUUCGGAGGCUUGUGCGCUGAUUGCGAAUAAUUUACAAGAACUCAUCCGCGAUGGCGCCCACACCGUCUCAGACCUCAUGUCCCUCGGCAGCACGAUGCUCGGCCGACGCCACGUCCUCCCCUCCGUCUGCUCAACCCUCACAGAAAUAAUGGUCGAAGGCACAUUCCCAACCGGCACCUACCUAGUCACCGUGCACCACCCUAUCAGUACCGACGACGGGGAUUUGGCUAGGGCGCUCUAUGGCAGUUUUCUGCCUGUGCCGAAUAAGGAUCUUUUUGCGUUGUCGAGGGAGGAGGAGUAUGAGGGGGUGAGGAUGCCGGGGGCGGUGGUUGUGGUUAGGGGGAAGAGGGGGAGGGAUGGGGAGGGAGAUGGGGAGGGUGUGGGUGUGGGGAAGGGGAAGAUAAGGUUGAAUGAGGGGAGGAGGAGGGUGAGGUUGAGGGUUAGGAGUUUGGGGGACAGGCCGAUACAGAUUGGUUCGCAUUACCAUUUCAUCGAGACGAAUCCUCAGCUCGAAUUCGACCGCGCAAAAGCCUACGGAUACCGCCUCGACAUAGCAGCAGGAACAUCAGUCCGUUUCGAACCUGGAGAUACAAAGACUGUCACUCUGGUCGAGAUUGGAGGAAACAAGAUUAUUCGUGGAGGAAAUCAUCUAGCGACGGGCAAAGUAGAUCUUUCACGCAUAGACGAUAUCGUAGCAAAGCUCCAACAAGGUGGAUUCGCACAUGCGCCUGAACCGAUUGUUGACGCAGGACAUAUUUCUGGGUUUGAGAUGGAUAGAGCGGCGUAUGCGACGAUGUUUGGUCCUACAGUUGGCGAUAUGGUAAGAUUGGGUUUCACGGAUCUUUGGAUCAAGGUCGAGAAAGACUUGACGUCGUAUGGCGAUGAGUGUAAAUUCGGAGGUGGCAAAACACUUCGUGAAGGUAUGGGUCAAGCGACUGGUGUUUCCGAUGAGGUGUCCCUGGAUCUGGUGAUUGUAAAUGCGUUGAUUGUGGACUGGACGGGUAUUUAUAAAGCUGAUAUUGGUGUCAAGAAUGGAUAUAUUGUUGGUAUUGGCAAGGCUGGGAAUCCGGAUGUGAUGGACGGGAUCUCGCCGCCGAACAUGAUUGUGGGGUCUUGUACCGAUGUUAUUGCUGGAGAGGGGAAGAUCAUUACGGCUGGUGGAUUUGAUUCGCAUAUCCAUUUCAUUUGUCCUCAGCAGGUUAAUGAGGCGAUUGCGUCGGGUAUUACGACUAUGCUUGGUGGUGGUACUGGUCCUAGUGCUGGGACGAGUGCUACGACCUGUACUCCAGGCAAGAAUUAUAUGCGACAGAUGCUCCAAGCAUGUGAUACUCUACCUGUCAACUUUGGAAUCACAGGCAAGGGUAAUGAUAGCUCUCCUAUUGCGCUGAGAGAACAAAUCGUCGCUGGAGCAUGUGGCCUCAAACUGCACGAAGAUUGGGGAACUACGCCCUCGGCCAUCGAUUCCUGCCUCACAGUCUGCGACGAACUCGAUGUUCAAUGUCUCAUCCACACCGACACACUCAAUGAAUCCGGUUUCGUCGAAUCCACCAUCGCCGCCAUCAAGAAUCGUACAAUUCACACCUACCACACUGAAGGUGCCGGAGGAGGCCACGCCCCAGAUAUCAUCAGCGUCGUCGAACACGCCAAUGUUCUCCCUUCAUCAACGAACCCCACACGACCAUUCACCCGCAACACUGUGGACGAACAUCUCGACAUGCUAAUGGUCUGCCACCACCUCUCCAAAAACAUCCCCGAAGACGUCGCUUUCGCCGAAUCUCGUAUCCGCGCAGAAACCAUCGCCGCCGAAGACGUACUCCACGAUCUCGGCGCCAUCAGCAUGAUGUCCUCAGAUUCCCAAGCCAUGGGCCGCUGCGGCGAAGUCAUCCUCCGCACGUGGAACACAGCGCACAAGAAUAAAGUGCAGCGCGGCUAUCUAGCUGAAGAUGAGGGAACGGGAGCGGAUAAUUUCCGGGUGAAGAGAUAUGUGAGUAAAUAUACUAUCAACCCGGCUGUUGCGCAGGGUAUGGGUCAUGUUAUUGGGAGUAUUGAGGUGGGGAAGCUGGCGGAUCUGGUGGUUUGGGAUCCGGCUUGGUUUGGGACGAAGCCGAUGACUGUUGUGAAGAGUGGGUUGAUUGCUUACGCUCAAAUGGGCGAUCCCAACGCCUCCAUCCCCACCGUACAACCCAUCAUCGCCCGCCCCAUGUUCGCGCCCCUCGUCCCCUCAACAUCCAUCCUCUUCGUCUCCGCGUCAUCCAUCGCCAGCGGCAACAUCGCCUCCUACAACCUAAAUAAACGCAUCGAAGCCGUUAAGAAUUGUCGGAGUAUCGGCAAGAAGGAUAUGAAGUUUAAUGAUGUGAGGCCGAGGAUGAAGGUGGAUCCCGAGAGUUAUAGGGUUGAGGCUGAUGGGGUCCACAUGACGGCUGAGCCGGCGGUGACGUUGCCGUUGACGCAGGCAGCGUUUGUUUAUUAAGCUGUUAAUGGGCGUCUCUAUGAAGAGAGACAAAAUAUACCUUAGGUACUCUGAAUUCAAGCAGCUCUGAGUCGGUGAUCGCUCCAAAAUUUCUACAGUCUGUUUCCUAUCACUCACUUACAUUACAUUGUAUGCCCUUCCCAAACACUCUGGACCCGGUUACCUCGAAAUUUACGUUUCAGCACUUACCAAUUCAAGAAGCAUCCCUGUAGAGCGAGCUGAGAUUUCUGUUGUAUUAGCUCCAACAUGUAAGAACACUAAGUCACUUCAAAGAAUGUCGUUAGUGGUUUAAGGAGAGGA